AUCCUCAUCCAUCCCAACACCCAACCCAAGACAGCAUAAACACACCCCAGCCCAGCUCGACUAGAAUACGAGAGAAAAAUCCCAUCUUUGGUCUCCUCCCCCUCCCUCUCGCUCGCAUCUUCCCCGGAGAUGCCGCCGCCGCCGAGAUGCGCCGCCACCACCGCCCACCACUCCCUCCUCGGCUCGCCCACCUGCCUCGCGCGCCCGCGGCGGCGGUGCUGCCCCGUGCGCGCCGCCGUCGCCGUCCAGGCCGAGGCGCAGGCCAAGGUCUCGCUCAUCCGGAUUGGCACCCGCGGGAGGACAGUCCUCUUGCACUGGCACAAGCUCAUGAAACCCGAGACAAGCUGAAGGCUGCACACUCAGAGUUAGCCGAGGAGGGGGCCGUUGAGAUUGUCAUCAUUAAGACCACAGGAGACAUGAUCUUGGACAAACCCCUGGCAGAUAUAGGUGGCAAGGGUUUAUUCACCAAGGAGAUCGAUGAUGCACUUUUGCAGGGAAGGAUUGACAUUGCCGUCCACUCGAUGAAAGAUGUUCCAACAUAUUUACCAGAAGGCACGAUAUUGCCUUGUAAUCUCCCACGGGAAGAUGUGAGAGAUGCAUUCAUAUGCUUGACUGCAAGUUCCCUUGCGGAGCUUCCUGCUGGCAGUGUUGUUGGAAGUGCUUCUCUGCGUAGACAAUCUCAAAUUCUCUACAAAUAUCCAUCACUCAAAGUUGUUAACUUCAGAGGAAAUGUUCAAACACGAUUGAGGAAACUCAAAGAAGGAGAUGUCCAUGCUACAUUGUUGGCUCUAGCUGGACUAAAACGCUUAAACAUGGCAGAAACUGCGACAUCUGUAUUGUCAGUGGACGAAAUGCUUCCAGCAGUUGCUCAAGGUGCUAUUGGAAUAGCUUGCAGAAGCAGUGAUGACACAAUGAUGAAUUACUUGUCCUCAUUGAACCAUGAAGAUACCAGAUUAGCUGUUGCAUGUGAAAGAGAAUUCUUGUCAGUUCUUGAUGGCAACUGCCGAACUCCAAUUGCGGCAUAUGCUUCUCGUGACAAGGAUGGGAAUUGUUCAUUCCGAGGGCUAUUGGCUUCACCUGAUGGAUCUACAGUAUAUGAGACUUCGAGAACUGGACCUUAUGAUUUCGAUAUCAUGGUUGAGAUGGGUAAAGAUGCUGGCCACGAGCUGAAAGCAAAGGCUGGCCCUGGCUUCUUUGAUAGCUUGCAAUGAAAAUAGAAAUCCACCAUUGGCCAACUAGAGUGUUGAGUGGAUUAUUUUGAUUUUUUUUUGUACCCUAGUUCUACUAGAGGAUUGUACCACAAUGUUGAGCUGUCUCAUUCAGAUCUGUAUCUUUGCUUCUUUUAGCAAGGUGAGCUAGAAUUUAGAACGUGGUUCCACGGUUAUUGUAAUCCCUUGUAUUUCCAAUGAAUUCUGGAAGAGGCUUUUGCGGCCAAUUAUGUUGUAACUUUGUAAUUUGAUGUAAUUUUGCAGAUGCUUUGUUUUCAAAAUAAUUUGAUUCUGAAAUUGUUGAUUGUUGUA